CACCUCGCCCUUUUCACAGACAUGGGCAGCGUGAGAUUCCUUUACUUCAGCCUGUGUCUCCUCGUCUACAUGAUCAUCAACUGCGCCAAUGUCGUCAUUAUCCUGACAGUGUGACGCUCCCUCCACCGGCCCAUGUACGUUUUCAUCUGCUGCCUGUCCUUCAACUCCCUGCGCGGCUCUGCCGGCUUCUUCCCCAGGUUUCUGUCCGACCUUAUGUCCGACGCCCACUUCAUAUCCCGCUCCGCGUGCUUCGUCCAGGUGUUCGUGUUGUACAUGUACGCCACCUGUGAGAUGGCCAUCCUCAGCAUCAUGGCCUACGACAGGCUCGUAGCCAUUUGCCAGCCUUAGCUCUACCGGAGCAAAAUGACGUUCAAUACGGUGCUGGGCCUCGUGGUUCUGGCCGAGCUCUACCCGGCCUUCGUGUGUAGCUGCUGCCUGUCCCUAACCGUCCGCCUGCCGCUGUGCGGGUUCGAGCUGCAGAGGUUUUUCUGUACCAACUGGCCUCUGGUCCAGCUGUCCUGCGUGGACACCAGCGCCAACAACAUAGCGGGUCUAAUGGCUACCGUAGGAACCAUUUUCGUGCCCCUGCUGUUCGUGCUUUACACCUACCUGCGCAUCCUGCUGGUGACCAGGAGGAGCUCGCGCGAGCAGCGGGGCAAGGCGCUGCAGACCUGCCUGCCCCACAUCGUCACGUGCGUCAACUACUCGGUUUGUUUCGUCGGGGAGCUCCUACUGAACCGCAUGAGAGACGAUGAAAUUAACCCGUUUAUCAUUGUUGUUCUGUCGCUGGAGUUUUUAAUCAUCCCGCCCAUCGUCAACCCUCUGGUUUAUGGGCUGAAGCUGCCUCAGAUCAGGGCGGUGGUGCUCAGAUUUGUUUAUCCCGCUCAUAAGAGGUCAAAGAGACAGGCUACGUAAGAAGACUCAGUUCCUUAAAAUAAUGAACUGAGUCUUUUUUUUUUCUUUUUUUUUUGCCAAAAGGGAUUU